GCCACGUGGCGGCGAGUUAGAACAAUUUUCAAUCUGCGCCUCUAUUUAUGACAGAAGCGAUUCUAAUUCCUCAGAGGCUCAUUCUGUCAAAUGAAUGGACUUUGAGCUUUAAAUAUUUUUCUCAGUUUUCUCUCCCUCAGUCAUCUACCCGGAAACUACAAAGCUAGCUUAGCUUAGCAUUCAAACUGGAGAUAUGAGUGGUGAAACAGUCAAAGUUGCUGUUUGAUGGAGUGGUUGUAGUGUUUUCCAGAAUAAAUCAGCCAGUAUAACUGUGUGAAAAUGCCAGGAGUCGAGACACUGAGAGAUUUUGUCAAGCAGAGACUGACUGCUGCUGCUGAAGAGAUUUUUGGAGUCUUUGAAAGAACGAUAGCAGAAUACGAGGAACAACUUUGUCGAUGUAAAGAGGAAAACGAGCGAAAACAGAAACUUCUGGACGAUGUUCAGCUUCGCUUUCACAGAGCAGACACCCGGCAGCUGUUAGUUCAUCAAGAAGAGGUUCCCUCUGAGCAGCAGGAGUGGAGCUCCAGUCUGGACCAGGAGGACACUGAGCCUCCACACAUUAAAGAGGAAGAGGAGGAACUGUGGAGCAGUCAGGAGGGACUGGAGGAGUUUAAUACCAUCAAUUUCCCCUUUGCUCCUGUCCCUGUGAAGACUGGAGAUGAUGAAGAGAAACCUCAGUCCUCACAGCUUGAUGAAAUACAAAGUGAAGGGAUGAAAACAGGAGCUGAUGGAGAGGACUGUGGAGGACCAGGACAGGCCUGGAACUCAGAACCAGAGAGACAUUUUCAUUCAGAGACUCAGGACAAGACUGAAGCUGAAACUAAUGACAGUGAUGGUUGGAGGGUCUCAAUGGAACAUGAUUACGGAUUUAAAUGUGUGGACAACUUUGGUGAUGAGCGGUCAGAGAAUGACAAGAAAUCACACAGCUGCUCUCAGUGCAGUAAAACAUUCAGAUGGAAAUGUCAUCUUGUUACACAUAUGAGAACAAACCAUAGAGAAAAACCCUUCAUCUGCCCUGAGUGUGGUAAAAAAUUUGAUCACAAGUGUCGUCUGGCGGCACAUAUGGUGAUGCACACAGGAGAGAAACCAUUUAGCUGCCCAGAGUGUGAUAAAAAGUUUAACCGAAAGUCUACUCUGACUACACACAUAUUUGUCCACACUGGAGAGAAACCCUUCGGCUGCUCUGAGUGUGAUAAAAAGUUUAAUCAAAAGUCCAUCUUAGCUAAACACAUGUUGGUGCACACAGGAGAGAAACCGUUUAGCUGCUCUGAGUGUUAUAAAAAGUUUAGCCAAAAGAUCACUCUGAACAGACACAUGCUGGUGCACACAGGAGAGAAGCCAUUUAGCUGCUCUCAGUGUGAUAAAAAAUUCAAUCACAGUUCUACUUUGGCUAAACACAUGUUGGUGCACACAGGAGAGAAGCCAUUUAGCUGCUCUCAGUGUGAUAAAAAAUUCAAUCACAGGUCUACUUUGGCUAAACACAUGUUGGUGCACACAGGAGAGAAGCCAUUUAGCUGCUCUCAGUGUGAUAAAAAAUUUAAUCGCAAGUGUAAUCUGGCUACACACAUGAGGAUGCACAGGAAAGACAUCCUUCAGCUGUUAGUUCUAAUCAGACAGUGUAACUGUGUGAAGAUGCCAGGAGUCAAGACACUGAGAGAUUUUGUCAAGCAGAGACUGACUGCUGCUGCUGAAGAGAUUUUUGGAGUCUUUGAAAGAACGAUAGCAGAAUACGAGGAACAACUUUGUCGAUGUAAAGAGGAAAACGAGCGAAAACAGAAACUUCUGGACGAUGUUCAGCUUCGCUUUCACAGAGCAGACACCCAGCAGCUGUUAGUGAAUCAAGAAGAGGUUCCCUCUGAGCAGCAGGAGUGGAGCUCCAGUCUAGAGCAGGAGGACAUGGAGGACACUGAGCCUCCACACAUUAAAGAGGAAGAGGAAAAACUGUGGAGCAGUCAGGAGGAACUGGAGAAGUUUAAUACCAUCAAGUUCCCCUUUGCUCCUGUCCCUGUGAAGAAUGAAGAUGAUGAAGAGAAACCUCAGUCCUCACAGCUUGAUGAAAUACAAAGUGAAGGGAUGAAAACAGGAGCUGAUGGAGAGGACUGUGGAGGACCAGAACAGGCCUGGAACUCAGAACCAGAGAAACAUUUUCAUCCAGAGACUCAGGACAAGACUGAAGACUGCUCUGAAGCUGAAACUGAUGACAGUGGUGAUUGGAGGGUCACAAUGGAAAAUGAUUACGGAUUAAACUGUGUGAAAAACUUUGGUGAUGAUAGAUCAGGCGAUGACAAGAAAUCACACAGCUGCUCCCAAUGCAGUAAAAGAUUCAGAUGGAAAUAUGAUCUUGCUACACAUAUGAGAACAGACCAUGGAGAGAAACCCUUCAGCUGCCCUGAGUGUGACAACCAGCAGCUGUCAGUGACUCCAGAAGAGGUUCCCUCUGAGCAGCAGGAGUGGAGCUCCAGUCUGGACCAGGAGGACACUGAGUCUCCACACCUUAAAGAGGAAGAGGAGGAACUGUGGAGCAGUCAGGAGGGACUGGAGGAGUUUAAUACCAUCAAGUUCCCCUUUGCUCCUGUCCCUGUGAAGACUGAAGAUGAUGAAGAGAAACCUCUGUCCUCACAGCUUGAUGAAAUACAAAAUGAAGAGAUGAAAACAGGAGUUGAUGGAGAGAACUGUGGAGGACCAGCACAGGCCAGGAACUCAGAACCAGAGAGACAUUUUCAUUCAGAGACUCAGGACAAGACUGAAGACUGCUCUGAAGCUGAAACUGAUGACAGUGAUGGUUGGAGGGUCACAAUGGAUCACGAUUACGGAUUAAACUGUGUGGAAAACUUUGAUGAUGAUAGAUCAGACAAUGACAAGAAAUCACACAGCUGCUCUCAAUGCAGUAAAACAUUCAGAAAGAAAUAUCAUCUUGCAACACAUAUGAGAACACACCUAAAAGUAAAACAUUUGAGCUGCUCUGACUGUGGUAAAAGAUUUAAGUUUAAGUCAAGGCUAACUAAACACAUGGUUAUCCACACAGGAGAGAAACCCUUCAGCUGCUCUCAGUGUAAAAAGGGAUUUAUUUACAAGUCUCAGCUGAACACACACAUGUUCGUGCACACAGGAGAGAGGCCAUUUAGCUGCUCUAAGUGUGAUAAAAAGUUUUAUCACAAGUCUAGUCUGAUUACACACAUGGUGAUCCACACAGGAAAGAAACGUUUUACCUGCACUGAAUGUGAUCAACAGUUUUACCAAAAGAGUCAUCUGAACUCCCACAUGUUUCUUCACACAGGGGAGAGGCCAUUUAGCUGCUCUAAGUGUGAUAAAACAUUUAACAGAAAGUCUACUCUGACAAAUCACAUGUUAAUUCACAAAGAAGAGAAACCCUUCAGCUGCUCCAAGUGUGAUAAAAAGUUUAAUGAAGAGUCUCAGCUGAACUCCCACAUGUUGGUGCACACAGGAGAAAAACUCUUCAGCUGCCCUCAGUGUGAUAAAAAAUUUAAUCGCAAGUCUCAUCUGGCUAAACACAUGGUGAUCCACACAGGAGAGAAACCAUUUAGCUGCUCUGAGUGUGGUAAAAAGUUUAACCAAAGGUCUCAUCUGACCUCACACAUGGUGAUCCACACAGGAGAGAAACCCUUCAGCUGUGAGCUGUGUAAAAAGAAAUUUUCAUGGGAUACUCAGGUAAAAAGACACAAGUGUACCGGUGGACAGACUUAAUAAAAUAAGAGAAAGAAGAGCUAAGGAGGAGGAUUAUGUAAGAUGAGAUCCAGGCAGUAUCUGAGAUAUAUAUAAAAAGAUGUGCAACAAGAGACUGGCUACAAUUACGAUGAUUAGAGGGAGAUCAGAGAACAUCAGUCAGGUUUCAACUCUAAGCCUGCUAUACUCAAUCCUGCAGCUACUCAGCUGCACACAGCUGUUAUUGGGAUGCACAGAUGCAUCAGCUUGACAUCCGUAUCGGCUGAUAUUAUCCCUGUUUGCAUACAUAUGCAAAUAAUAUAGCAGGAACGUUUAUCAUUAUCAGUGAUUAUCUGUUGUACCUGAUGAAUUAUAUGCUUGCCUCUGACAUAUCUAGCUGAUGAA